UACAUACGGUGGAGUAUGAAAGCAUCGAUCUUGACCAUGGAAAUUAAUGCCUUAAUCGCUCGGAUUGGCUUAAAAGACAUGGAUUUCCAAAGUCCGACACUGGGAAUCGAUUCCUGAGAAGGGGCCCAAUUCCUAUAAUUCUGCCCCACCCUUGCCUUCUCUAAUCAGAUCUCUAUGCCAAAAAGGAAAAAAAGGAAGAAAAAGUUGCCGCCGGUUAUCUCUUCCUUACUACCGGACAUCGCCGCCGGCCAUAGCUCCGAUCAGUGGUCUUUCGUGUAUGCCGAACGCCGGUGGGGGGGUUCUUUUUCGCAUGGUGCCGGAUUUGUUUGAGAGGUAAAAGAGGUGGGAAAAUUUGGGUCGGGGUUUGAACGGGGUUUUUGGAAUUUGUUUAUGAUGGUCGCAAUUUCGAUUUGAUUUUUUCCCCCUAGAGAAGCCCAAUCGCGGUGCUUAAACCCCUAUUUUCUCCGCAUUUUUGCACGUGGAUUCGAAUGGUUCUUUCACAGUGCAAGUUUGCUUCCGAAUUCUAGCACUCAACGCCCAAACUGAGUUGACUUGCUGGUUUUGGCUCUGAUGGAAGGCACGUUUCUGCAUUGGGUCUCUGUUGCUUGAAUUGUGUUCUUCCUCUGCUGAAUCGGAACCAUUUUUAGUAAAGGUUCUUAAAAGAAUGCGUACAUUUGUUGGUGAAGUAUGUCAAUAAUGAAAAUUCCGAAGCGUUAUUGGAUUGUUCUUUUAACCUUCAUCUGCACAUCUGUUUGUUACGUGGAGCGUGUUGGCUUCUCGAUUGCUUAUACCUUUGCAGCUGAUGCUGUGGGGGUAGACCAAUCAAGCAAAGGCACUAUUCUUUCAACAUUUUACUAUGGAUAUGCCUGUUCCCAGGUUCCUGGAGGAUGGGCUGCUCAAAAAAUUGGAGGUAGAAGGGUUCUUCUGAUCUCAUUUAUUUUAUGGUCCCUUACCUGUGCAUUAGUUCCACUGGAUCCGAGUAGGGUGAUGGUCUUGGUAAUUGCUCGGUUGCUUGUCGGUGUGGCUCAAGGUUUCAUCUUUCCUUCAAUCCACACUGUUUUAGCUCAGUGGGUUCCUCCUCAUGAAAGAUCAAGAUCUGUAUCUCUUACAACCUCUGGAAUGUACCUAGGUGCCGCUGCAGGCAUGCUUAUCCUUCCAAGCCUGGUAAAGUAUAGAGGGCCUCAGUCAGUAUUUGCUGCUGAGGCAUUGUUAGGUGCCACAUGGUCUGUGCUUUGGCUCAAGUAUGCAACCGACCCUCCACGUUCCGAACAUCCCAAAGCUGCUGCUGCAGGUUUUGGUGAACCCCUGCUGCCAAUCAAAGGAAACCAGAAAGUAAGAGUAGAGAGCGGAGGAACUUCAACACGAACCUCAAACAUCCCGUGGAAGAAAAUCUUGUUGAGCUUGCCAGUUUGGGCAAUCGUGGUAAACAAUUUUACCUUCCAUUAUGCUUUAUAUGUGUUGAUGAACUGGCUGCCUACUUACUUUGAGCUUGGUCUUCAACUUAGCCUCCAGGAGAUGGGUUCCUCUAAGAUGUUGCCUUAUCUUAACAUGUUCUUAUUCUCGAAUGUCGGUGGGAUAGCUGCUGAUUACUUGGUCACUAAAAGGAUUUUAUCUGUUACUCGAACCCGGAAAUUCUUGAAUACGACAGGCUUUUCUGUAGCAUCAAUGGCACUGAUGGCCAUCCCCAUCUUCAGAACUUCUAGUGGGGCUAUCUUCUGCUCAUCUGUGGCUCUUGGUUUCUUAGCUUUAGGGAGAGCAGGAUUUGCUGUGAAUCAUAUGGAUAUCGCUCCUCGAUAUGCUGGUAUCGUCAUGGGAGUCUCGAACACUGCUGGUACGCUAGCUGGUAUCAUCGGGGUUGAUUUUACUGGGAAAUUACUGGAAGCUGCGAAGGCUGCCAAUUCAGAUCUCUCAAGUCCAGAAAGCUGGAGAGCAGUUUUCUCCAUACCGGGGCUGCUCUGCGUUCUUAGCUCUAUUGUAUUUUUGCUGUUUUCAACAGGUGAGAGAAUUUUUGACUGAGGUAAGCUCCCUUUUUUCUUCGUGGAACGUCCUCGCAUACACCAUUCAUGCCAAAAAGAGUUUAAAGGUGGAGUGUAGGGUAGGAGGAAAUCUUAUUACUUCAUAUGCCUCAUGUUUCUAUUUCUAAGCUACGAAAAAAACUAUGUACCAUGAUUUAGCAUCUUUGUAGUUGAUAAUUGGUAUUUCUUUGUCACA